GUACCCUGUAAUUGUCCGAAAUAAGUUCCACUCAUUCUACAGUGUCUCUGAUAUGUUCCACUGCCACAAUAACAUCGAAAAUAAAUGUGCAAAUUUUUUACUAUUUUGCAUACAUUUAUACGAAAAGAGGCAUAAAAGUAGCCAAAGAAGCUUAAGAAUUACGUUUCCUGUAAGAAAAUUGCCUCAUCAGGUGAAAAAAUUAAUAUUUGUGAUAUACAUGUACACGGCAGUCACACCAAUACUAAUGCUGCUAAAAAGUCUCUUCCACUAGUAAAACAACACAGUGUUUUAUAUGGAGGGUAGGCCUAACAUCGCCCUACUAUCCCGACUAUAGUAGGCCUACUCUCCCUAUUCGUAUAUAAUUUUUAUCUAAUAUUGUAUAACAUUUGUUCCGGCCGGGACAUGACAUCAUGAUACCCUUCUACUACCUCGUUUUAUGGCGACUUGAGGUGUUUGACAGCUUCAGACGGAAAUUUCAUCGAGGUUUUUCGUUGAAAUUUGAAACAUUUUGCUUUAAUUUUCUAUAUUAUAAUGUUUUUUAUUGUGGGAAUCGGUUUAGGAGAUCCUGAAGACAUUACUGUUAAGGGAUUGAAAAUUGUUCAAAACUGCGAUAGAGUGUAUUUGGAAGCAUAUACAUCAAUAUUAUCAUGUGGCCAGGAAAGUUUGGAAAAUUUUUACCAACGAAAACUAAUUCUGGCAGACAGGGAGACGAUAGAACAACAUUCAGAUGAACUAUUUGCUCAUUCGAUUGUAAAGGAUGUAGCCCUUUUAGUUGUAGGAGAUCCGUUUGGGGCUACAACUCACACGGAUUUAAUUCUCAGAGCGAAGGAAAAGGGCAUCCCUUACCAAGUGGUUCAUAAUGCAUCGAUAAUGAACGCUGUAGCGUGUUGUGGCCUUCAAUUGUAUUCUUUUGGCGAGACUGUGUCUAUUCCGUAUUGGACGGACUCGUGGAAACCUGAUAGUUUCUUUCAGAAAAUAUUGAAAAAUCAACAAAUGGGUCUUCAUACCCUCUGUCUUCUCGACAUUCGAGUGCGGGAGCCCACACUUGAAAGCCUUUCAAAAAAGAAACGAGAAUACGAACCACCAAGAUUUAUGAGUGUUUCAGAAGCGAGUCAGCAGUUAAUGGAAAUUAUCGACAAAAAUCCAAGUGAGAUUUCUGAAAAUUCAUUAGUGGUUGGUUUAGCAAGAGUUGGCCACAAGACUCAACUAAUAGUUGCCUGCAGUAUAAAGGAAAUGACGGAACAAGAUCUGGGCCCUCCACUGCAUUCCUUGGUAAUUCCUGCAAGAGAAUGUCAUCCACUUGAAACUGAAUAUCUUCAGCAAUUUAAUUUAGUAAAAUUGUGAAAAAAAAAUAUUUAUUUUGCACUUUUCAUUCGCUGUCGCAUGUGUUUAGGUUUAGGUACAAGUACCUUUGGUGCACUUUUUGAGCGAAUUAUCUUAUGAGUUUUAAAAUAUCCUAAAUCAUUCCCAAUACGAAAAACAUCCAGUGUCUUCUGAGGUGUAUAAUCUUCUGUAGAAAUAUUAAUUUGGUCUUCAGAAAUUUCUGAUUCACAUACUUCACUAUUCUUUUGAUAAUCCAAAGGCACAUUUUUUUCAAAUGACUCCCAGCACCCUGCAAAAUAAGUAAAAUGUUUUUUUUUGUAGUUGUCAGAACAAAAUCUUCUUGAAAAUCUUAAAUGUUUAUAUCGUUUAUAUCUACCUUCAGGAUUAUUCAGGAUUAUGAUAUCCUUACAAUCUAGUAGUCCAUAAUUCAAAUAUUCCUGACACUUUAAUAAAAAUCUUUCAAAUAUGUAGAGAUUCAUUUUAUAUUUAAGAAUGUUCGCUUUAAAAUCGAUUGCCUUAUGGAAACGUCUCAUUCUUUGAGCUCUCAUUUUAGCUUCAUUCGGCAUCCUCAAAAGAAAGAUCAUUACUUCAGAAUCCAGACCACAGUUCACUGUAAAAACUACUCCAUAAUCAUUCGAGGCCAAAAAAGUGACUUUUACAGAAUGAUUUUUAAUGAUAUUAUGACCAGCAAUUAAAUUCACUUUAUCAAAAGAUUUAACUUUUAAUAAUAUAUCCGAAGAAGAAAAAUAUAUCCUAGGCAUAUAUAUUUUAAUCAGAUGAUUAACGACAAAGAAUUUGUUUGAUUUUCUUGAAAGUGGCUGAAAAUCUCGAUUUUCUUUAGUAAUUAGCUUUUUGUAAAUAUUUUCUUGAAUCUCAAGUCCUUCAUCGUCUUCAGAAAAAUUCUCGAAACUGCUCUGAACGCACUUAUAUUGCUUCAAAUGUGAAUUGAAAAGAAUUUCAAAUUUUAUAUUUUCUUUUCCUUUUUCAACAUCGACGAUAUUUUUCUGACUCUGAAUCAGUCCUUUGUUGUCCUGGUUACUAUUUUUAUGUUUUUUCUCCUGAGACUGUUUUCUAUAGUAUCUAAGAUAAUCAAUUUUAGUUUUGAUGAUAUCGAUUUUCUUAAAUUGCAUCCUUUUUGAUGAAUUCUUGAUAAGCUUAGCGCAAUUUGGUAAUUUCUCAUAAUUUUUACUUUGCCAUCCAUCUCUCUUGAGUAGCAACUCUUCAAAAAACUUCUGAGCAAAAAGGUAUAUAUCUCCUGGGGGGUCGUUAAUUACCCUUUCUGCCAAAUUGCUCAUCAAAUGAACAACUUGCUCAUGGGUAGAUUGGGAAAUGUUAACCAGUGAGGCCAUCGUUUGGAGUUUGGACUUUAAUUAACAAAAAAGCACUACAAAUUUUCACAGUACAAAUUUCGAAAAGUAAAUGCGACUAAUAUAUUAAUACAAAUCUGAGCAGUAUGAUACAGCACAAGUGAAUAUGGGAAAAGACGAACGCAAACUGAGUUACAGAAAAAGAAAAAAAAUGUUGAAAAUCAAAAAGAAACUCCUCUGCAACUAUGGAUACUCAUAGAGCUAGAAUUUUAUGACCAAUGAAUCCUUCUGCUUUAUUUUCUGUCUCAUCCGCUCUCACAUUCAAUAUUUUGUACAAUGGUAUAGCUAUAGAAAGAUGGAAAAAUAAACCGGGGAAAUAUUCAAUUAAGCUACUCAUGCAUCAUUUAACCGACAGAGCUGAACAAAAAAAAUUCUAGUAUGUAUUAUUUUACAUUAUGAUCAAGGUUAAACAUUUUAUCAAAGUAAAAUAGUUUUGUAUUUUCUAUUUCUUCUUAACUCUUUCGCGUCAUUAGGGUCAUAUAUGACCCGGGGAAAAACAAUUUUUUUGACUAUUUACAUUAAUUGAAAUCUAUCGGUUUGUGCACGACAUCAUAAUAGAAGGAUGUAAGAUUCUUGGCUAAUUUUCUCAAGACUCCAGAUAUUCAGGAAAAGAAAAUAUUUGAGAUCAAAAAUCACUAAUUUCGAAGUUUGUGAAAUGACUUUUCUUUUUCAAAUUUUUUUAUAUUAAUUUAUUUUUUUCAGCAAAAAGUUCUUUACAAACACAAAAUAGAAUAUCCAAAGAUUGUAUGUCGCAUAUUUUGAUAUAAUAAACUACUCUCAAUUUUCCAGAAAA